UUGAAGAGCUCGAGGGGUAUUUCGUGCGGAAAGACUUGUGUUCCGCUGCACUCUAAUUAAAGAUGGAACACUCGAAUACAAAGGCAACACUAUUUAUGCCCAUUAUAAGGGCAGCAAACACCUGAAACUUGUGAGAGAGGAACAUUUUGACAUUUUGUUGCAUAACGCUCUUAAACAUAAACUUGUGAACGCAUGUGAACUGGACUUUACUAUCCGCCGAUGAUGUUGAGGAGGAUGGUGAAGAGAGAAUGACAGCUCCUGUGCUUACCUCAGAACCCUGGUCCAACUUAACCAACCAUUCGACACCAGGACAUACCAACCAGACAUGCGGUGACAGCGAGGACUUCAAAUAUUUGGCUUACACCGUCACAUACUGUAUCGUAUUCCCUAUUGGAUUUAUCAGCAACUUCAUAGCUCUUUUUGUGUUCCUACGUCUUACUCGUAAGAAGAAUGCCAACACUGUGUUUAUGACUAACUUGGCCAUUUCGGAUGUUUGCUUCUCAUUGACGUUGCCCUUGCGACUGGUCUACUACUUCAGGGGUGGUCAAUGGGACUUCCCAGACUGGCUUUGUCGCUGGUGCGUAUUUUCCUUCUACCUUAACCUCUACACCAGUGUACUGUUUCUUACAGGCAUAAGUGUGUUACGGUACAUCGCCGUGGUACACCCCAUCCGCAACAAGACCUUGGUAACGGUGCGCAGAGCCAGUCUAAUAUGCUUUGCCAUCUGGAUUUUUGUUGCCGGAUUGUCAUCACCAUUCCUCAUGACAGGAACUUUGCAGCGCAAUAACAAAACUCGUUGCUUUGAACCUGGGACCAGAAAGUCUUGGAGGCGAAUAUUUAUCUUGAACUAUGUGGGAGUUUUGUUUGGAUUUGUCAUUCCUUUCAUAACAAUUCUAGCCUGCUACGGAUGCAUCGUAAGCAAACUCGUCAACGGACAGAGAGUUGGGAAUCGAAAGCGCAGCAAUCGACAGCGCUCGGUGUAUUUGAUCGCUGUUGUCCUAAGUACAUUUCUGCUGUGUUUUCUACCAUAUCACGUCGCCCGCACUGUCCAUCUCCAUGCUAUUGUUUCAGUCAUGGAUUGCCAGGUCACCAAGUAUCUCCUAAGAGUUCUGGUCAUCUCGCUUUGCACGGCAGCCUCCAAUAGUUGCUUCAAUCCCUUACUGUACUACUUUGCAGGCGAGACCUUCCGUACGGCCAUUCGUAGAGCUUCAGAACGAAGAACGUUGAGUUCGUUCAACCAGAGUAUUUUCUACCCAUCUUUUCAUCGUAGGAGCCAAUCAGGCACCUGGCAGAGAACAAGACGCCAAAGCUCCAUUGGCUCACGCCAAGACUGUCCAUAUUCCUUAGACAGCUGUCAGGCCCUGAAUGAAAACAAGGCUAAUGGUUGCGUGCAGGCCCAAAAUUUAAGCAGGUCUCGAGAUAACAAUUACACAGAAAGUGACAAAAAUGCCCCAGAUAUUUAAAAUGCAAACCAGUCUCAUGAUAAUUUGUACGAGAUGGUGAAAUCGCUAGAUAUCGCAUGACUUGGCUCGUACGAAAAGGUAUGACUUUAUUCCCAUAGAGACCAACCAAUCAACAAACAGAAUUUACAAUGGUAUUAACGUCGAUUAACACCGUUUGUUCAUUUCUUUUUUCUCUAUGGACCAUUUAUCGCCAUCUCGUACUAUUACUGAGACUUGUCAUGAGACGGGAAUGAAAAAUGCACGUUUUACUGUUUUAUCUGUUAUGUAACAUUUAAUAUAUUUGAUCAUAUUCUAUUCUAAGACUAUCUAGUGAUAGAUGUUGUGACCUGUUGCUUGUAGAUGUCUGUAUUCGCUGUCUCAGGGGUCAGUGUUGUUAAACGUGUAGCGGAUAUGAAGUGAUUUUACAUGAAAGAGUCAAAUCUGCACUGAUGACCCUGAAUGUGAAAAGUUCAAAAUUUUGAGAUUAUGUAAAAAUCUACCAUGAAGGGAGACAUUAGAGAGCUGUGUAAUCUAGGACCAGCCCAUUAUUUAGAAUGUAUUUUAAUGGAGCAUUUAUUGCAUUAUGGUCUUGUGCAUUUUUUUAUAUAGCUACAGCCAUAAUUGUUGAAACUGAGAUUGAAAUUGAAUAAUUCAAAUGAAGUAUUUGACAUAAUUGGAUGACACACUGUAUUGGUAUAUGGUUUGAAAAAAUAUAGGUUGCAAUGGGAAUAAAGGUACCCCUAUUAUGCUUUUUGGGAUUUUACCUUACCUUUUGUGUGUAAUAUAGCUGUUUGUGCAUGUAAAGGUCUGCAAAGUGACAAAUCCCAAAGUCCACGCCAAAGGGAGUUACUCUCUCCCACAGAAAACACUGAUCCUGAACUGCCUGAAACGCCGGGUUUGCAGUCCAGCCAUUAGACAUAGCUACAUAACACAUUUUCACAAUGCCCGCCUCAGGAAUGCGCUGCUCUGGAGCUGAAACUCAGUUAUGGUCAGCGACAUUAUAUUUCUGACACACGCUCUUAAGCGGUUGACCAUUCACAACAGACUGGGCCAGCUGACCAAUCAGAGCAGACUGGGCUUUUCAGAAAGGGGGGCUUUAAAGAGACAGGAGCUACAACAGAGCGUUUCAGAGGCAGGGUGUAAAGAGGUGCUGCAGCAAUGUACAGUAUGUGAAAAAUAAUGUGUUUUUUGAACAUUAAGGUGUGUAAAUGUAUUCUAGUAGACCCCGAUAUAAAAUGUCAAACCUGUAAAUGAGCAUAAUAUGGGCUCUUUAAAGAAAACGGUCACAAAGUAUAUCAAGAUUGAAAAUAUAUAUAUUUAUUUUUAUUGAAUAUUGAUGGAGCAACAUCAUUUUUGUGCAAAAAAAAAAAAUACAACAAUAAUAAUAACAGUAGGUUGUUUUGAUUAAAAUAAUUACAAAAAAGGUGCUGAUGGGGCCUUUAACCCACACUUAAAUAUGAGCAAAAGUUAUAGGGCAAAAUCUGUCAACAUAUGCAACUACUCUUGAGACAGCAAGAUUCUUUUUUGAGUAACAAAUGAGGAUAAUGGUGAUUCAAAAUAACUACUUUAGAAAAGGAUGCACCAUUUCCUGUUCAUUUCAUAACAUCUCAAGUAUCCCAUAAACAAAUUGUGAUUGGAUCAGUCAAUGCAAGUCCACUUUUAACAUUCUUCAUAACAAAUCUGUUUUCUAUGGGGUGCCUUUAGCCCCUGCAAUAUCCUUUCACUAUUAAACAGUUAUUGAAAAAUGUUUCAUUUAAUCACUUUAAACGGCAAAUAAGUCACCAAAUAAAUGUGAAUCAACCUUUAGAUAUUGUAUUUGAUGACCUCUUUAAUAAGUGCUUAUAGUGACAAACAGGUGAAAAGGAAAGUGAUAUACAAGUUUUAAUGCUAUUUAGUGUUUUAGGAGAAAGUAAGGAAAAAUGAUACAUUUACCUUUAUAAAGGUAAAACAACAUUCAAUAUAUUGAAUUAUUGUUAUAUGAGGGGCUUUCUCAGCAAAUAUUUGUAUAUGUGAUUAAUCACGAUUAAUUAAUUGGGACACCAUGUAAUUCAUUCUAUUAAAAUGUUAAUUGUUUGACAGCCCUAAUAUAUAUAUAAUAUAUACCGAUCUCAACAUUAAAACCACCUCCAUCUCAUAAUAGCAUUCUGAGAUGAUAUUCUUCUCACCAUAAUUGUACAGAGUGGUUAUCUGAGUUACCAUAGACUUGUUCGAACCAGUCUGACGAUUCUCUAUUGACCUCUCAACAAUCAUCCUUGCGAUUAUCUAAUCAGCCGAUCAUGUGGCAGCAGUACAGUGCAUAAACAUCAUGCAGAUACGGGUCAGGAGCUUUAGUAAAUGUUCACAUCAACCAUCAGAAUGGGGAAAAAAAUGUGAUCUCAGUGAUAUGGAGCGUGGCAUGAUUGUUGGUGCCAGAUGGGCUGGUUUCAGUAUUUCUGUAACUGCUGAGCUCCUGGGAUUUUCACACACAACAGUCUCUAGAAUUUACUCUGAAUGGUGCCAAAUACAAAAAACAUCAAGGGAGUGGCAGUGCUGUGGAUGGAAACACCUUGUUGAUGAGAGAGUUCAACAGAGAAUGGCCAGACUGGUUUGAUCUGACAAAGUCUACGGUAACUUAUUGCUCUGUACAAUUGUGUUGAGAAGAAUUUCAUCUCAGAAUGCUGUUAUGCAAAGUUUUUAGAAUGUGGUGACUGGGCUGAAAAGCAUUUAUGACUGUAAUUUGCAGUAGAAAGGGACAGUUGCACUAAAUAAAGAGGAGGAAGAGAAAGUUUACAGAAUAGAUGUCUUUAUAACUGUACUGAAUAAGUGAACCAUAGGCAAGCUCAUCUCAACGCAUCUCUGUUUUUCUUCUAUUUCCUUGUUUUCUCUCAGUUCUCAACCAAAAGAAAGAAAUUAUUGAGUAUGUGGCUUCUCUUUAUACCUUGCUCAGAUGUGGCAUCAAGUUAUAAUGGCAUAUCUAGUUUCACCACAAACUAAAGACAAACCAAAGAUCAGUUGUUCAACUUUCAUUGUUAUUUCAAGGAGAAUGGGAUUGCAAUGCUAAUGUAAGCAUCACUAUUACUAUUGCUCAUACUUAAGGUUAUGGAUUUGAUGUUCUGUCGGAUGCACAAUUUGAAACAUUUGUCUGCUCAUUAGAAAUCAGUCAACACAUGUUAUGCGAGCAGAUAAGGUCAGAAAAUAAGACCAUAAUUCAAAGACGCUAGACUACUCUUACACAACUAUAUAAUUUGUCAAAACAACAAUUACUGCAUUGGUUUCCCCCAUUUAAGAGGAAAUUUGCUGGCAUUUGGCUCAGUUUAACUGCAGUCAGUGUGAUUAAAGACAGGAAAAGCAUGUAAUUCUACACAAUGAAUAUUUGGAGGAUAUACACUGGCUGUUUUGGAGGAUCAAAAUUCCUGUGCAGAAAUAAUAAGGUUAAUCGGUCUUCUAACGUGCAUUUUGUCUUUCUGAGGAAAAGGAACUGAAGGAAUGUGUCUUUUUUCUUCUUUUUUUGUGAUUUUUCUCCCCUUUUCUCCCCAAUUUGGAAUGCCCAAUUAACAAUGCGCUCGAAGUCCUCGUGGUGGUGUAGUGACUCGCCUCAAUCCGGGUGGCGGAGGACGAAUCUUAGUUGCCUCCACGUCUGAGACCAUCAGUCUGCGCGUGUGGAGGCUUCACGCUACUCUCCACGGCAUCCACGCACAAUUUACCACACGCCCCACCGAGAGCAAGAACCGCAUUAUAGCGACCACGAGGAGGUUACCCCAUGUGAUUCUACCCUCCCUAGCAACUGGGCCAAUUUGGUUGCUUAGGACUCCUGGCUGGAGUCACUCAGCACGCCCUGGAUUCAGACUCAUGACUCCAUGUGGGUAGUCAGCGUCAAUACUCGCUGAGAUUCCCAGGCCCCCCUGAAGUAAUGUUUCUUAAGUAAAUUUGCAGAAAUUGAGCAGGAGGCUUCUCACAUAAAUAUUAUGUUAAUUUAUUGAUUUGCAAACAAUGUUAUUUAUUUAUUUAUAGCGUUCUCACUGCAUAUGUAAAGGCCAGUAGCAAUACUAUUUCAAAGCAUCAAUGAAGACAUCUGUUUUCCAUAAUUCUUUUGUACAUUUGACUACCAUUGGCAAUUCAAAUGUCUUUUCCUUUCCUCUUAUUUUUUUUCUUUACCAUGCAUGAAAACAAAAUUGUAAAGCACUAUGUGCA